GCUAACGCCAAUCAACAACAUCCGCGUUCGUAUAAAUUUCAAACGCGCACGCUUCAAAACUAUUUUCCUAAUUCGUUUCAUUAAUCAAAAACGUCAUGCAAAUGAAGUGCCAAAACGUUCAGCGUCGCCGCUGUCGACGCCAAGAAGUGUCAACAUCAACAGCCGCGCCACGAUCACUGCCAACAUUUAUAGCAACUGCCGCUGCCAGCACAAUCUCAACUAUUUGUUGCUGCAUUUGGCUGUUGCUCAUGCACGCACCCGCCCCCACCCAGACGCGUCGUCUGCAACGCUGCGAACUCGCCGGCCAAUUAUACAUAUUGGAUGUGCCGAAAUCGGAGCUGUCGCUGUGGCUGUGCAUUGCCCAUUACGAGAGUCGCUACAACACGCAUGUGGUGGGCAAUCGCAAUGCGGACGGCUCCAGCGACUAUGGACUCUUUCAGAUCAGCAGUCGCUAUUGGUGUCAACCGGACAAUGGCACCAAAUAUUAUGCGUUCAAUGAGUGCAAUGUCAAAUGUAGCGCUUUGCUGCUGGAUGACAUAACCGAGGCGGUGGCGUGCGCCAGGACCAUACAACGGCGACAGGGUUGGAGCGCUUGGAGCGUAUAUUCGGUGUAUUGUAAUCGUACGCUCAAUGAAGUGGAUGCUUGUUUUGAUGGCGAUUCCGUAGAGGUGAAUGUGAAGGGAAGUGUUGAGAAAUAAAAAAUUUCUAAGAAGUAAUAAAGUGUGAGUUUACCCAAUGUGUUCACUGUUUAUAUUAUAUAAAUAAAAUAUUAAAAUUUUAUAAUCAAAACUACAUAACUCGUUGUGUUUUAUAGAGUCAGUGCGAAAUUCAGGCUUU